CGGAGCCGCAUGAACAAUAGGCGGCGGCGGCUCCUGCGGGCGGCGGCAGCCCCGCACCCUAUGGAUCGGCCGCUCCAUGGAGCCCUCCAGAGCGCUUCUCGGCUGCCUGGCGAGCGCCGCCGCUGCCGCCCCGCCGGGGGAGGAUGGAGCAGGGGCCGGGGCCGAGGAGGAGGAGGAAGAGGAGGAGGAGGCGGCGGCGGCCCCCGGGGAGCUGGGCUCCGGCGCGCCGCUGCCCUACUGGACUGCAGUGUUCGAGUACGAGGCGGCGGGCGAGGACGAGCUGACCCUGCGGCUGGGCGACGUGGUGGAGGUGCUGUCCAAGGACUCGCAGGUGUCCGGCGACGAGGGCUGGUGGACCGGGCAGCUGAACCAGCGGGUGGGCAUCUUCCCCAGCAACUACGUGACCCCGCGCAGCGCCUUCUCCGGUCGUUGCCAGCCCGGCGGCGAGGACCCCAGUUGCUACCCGCCCAUUCAGUUGUUAGAGAUUGAUUUUGCAGAGUUAACCCUGGAAGAGAUCAUUGGCAUCGGGGGCUUUGGGAAGGUCUAUCGUGCUUUCUGGAUAGGGGAUGAGGUCGCCGUGAAAGCAGCUCGCCACGACCCAGAUGAGGACAUCAGCCAGACCAUAGAGAAUGUUCGCCAGGAGGCCAAGCUCUUCGCCAUGCUGAGGCACCCCAACAUCAUUGCCCUGAGGGGGGUGUGUCUGAAGGAACCCAACCUCUGCUUGGUCAUGGAAUUUGCCCGUGGAGGGCCUUUGAAUAGAGUGUUAUCUGGGAAGAGGAUUCCCCCGGACAUCCUGGUGAACUGGGCCGUGCAGAUUGCCAGAGGGAUGAACUACUUACACGAUGAGGCCAUUGUCCCCAUCAUCCACCGUGACCUUAAGUCCAGCAACAUAUUGAUCCUCCAGAAGGUGGAGAAUGGAGACCUGAGCAACAAGAUUCUGAAGAUCACUGAUUUUGGCCUGGCUCGGGAAUGGCACCGAACCACCAAGAUGAGCGCGGCAGGGACAUAUGCUUGGAUGGCACCUGAAGUCAUUCGUGCCUCCAUGUUUUCUAAAGGCAGUGACGUGUGGAGCUAUGGCGUGCUGCUGUGGGAGCUCCUGACUGGGGAGAUGCCCUUCCGAGGAAUCGAUGGCUUAGCAGUCGCUUAUGGAGUGGCCAUGAACAAGCUCGCCCUUCCCAUUCCUUCUACGUGCCCAGAACCUUUUGCCAAACUCAUGGAAGAUUGCUGGAACCCCGACCCCCAUUCACGACCAUCUUUCACGAAUAUCCUGGACCAGCUAACUACCAUAGAGGAGUCUGGUUUCUUUGAAAUGCCCAAGGACUCCUUCCACUGCCUGCAGGAUGACUGGAAACAUGAGAUUCAGGAGAUGUUUGACCAACUAAGGGCCAAAGAAAAGGAGCUCCGCACCUGGGAGGAGGAGCUGACGCGGGCUGCGCUCCAGCAGAAGAACCAGGAGGAGCUGCUGCGGCGCCGGGAACAGGAGCUGGCCGAGCGGGAGAUCGACAUCCUGGAGCGGGAGCUCAACAUCAUCAUCCACCAGCUGUGCCAGGAGAAGCCCCGGGUGAAGAAACGCAAGGGCAAGUUCCGGAAGAGCCGGCUGAAGCUCAAAGACGGAAACCGCAUCAGCCUCCCUUCUGAUUUCCAGCACAAGUUCACGGUCCAGGCCUCCCCGACCAUGGAUAAGAGGAAGAGUCUCAUCAGCAGCUGCUCUAGUCCUCCCGCAAGCCCCACCAUCAUUCCUCGCCUUCGAGCCAUCCAGUAUCCCAUCCAACCUCUGUCAUUCACAGUGACACCAGGUGAAAGCAGCAAAACCUGGGGCCGGAACUCCGUCAUCCCAAAGGAGGAGGGGGAGGAUGAGGAGAAGAGGGCCCCCAAGAAGAAGGGACGGACGUGGGGGCCGGGUACACUUGGUCAGAGGGAGCUUGUCUCGGGAGACGAAGGAUCCCCUCAGAGACGCGAGAAAGCUAAUGGUUUAAGUACCCCUUCAGAAUCUCCACAUUUCCACUUGGGCCUCAAGUCCCUGGUAGAUGGAUACAAACAGUGGUCGUCCAGUGCCCCCAACCUGGGGAAGGGCCCAAGGAGUAGCCCAGCCCUGCCAGGGUUCACCAGCCUUAUGGAGAUGGAGGAUGAGGACAGCGAAGGCCCAAGAAGUGGGGAGAGUUGUCUACAGCAUUCACCCAACCAGUCCUACCUCUGUAUCCCAUUUCCUCGUGGAGAGGAUGGGGAUGGCCCCUGUAGUGAUGGAGUCCACGAGGAGCCCACCCCAGUCAACUCAGCCACCAGUACCCCCCAGCUGACACCAACUAACAGCCUCAAGCGGGGUGGUACCCACCCCCGCCGCUGUGAGGUGGCUCUGCUUGGCUGCGGGGCUGUUCUCGCUGCCACAGGCCUAGGAUUUGACCUGCUAGAAGCUGGCAAGUGCCAGCCACUUUCCCCGGAGGAGCCUGAGCCACCAGCCCGGGAAGAGAAGAAGAGGCGUGAGGGUCUUUUUCAGAGAGCCAGCCGUCCUCGUCGGAGCACCAGCCCCCCGUCCCGGAAGCUCUUCAAGAAGGAAGAGCCCAUGCUGUUGCUAGGUGACCCCUCUGCCUCCCUUACGCUGCUGUCUCUCUCCUCCAUCUCCGAGUGCAACUCCACCCGCUCCCUGCUGCGUUCAGACAGCGAUGAGAUCGUGGUGUAUGAGAUGCCCAUCAGCCCAGUCGAGGCCCCUGCCCUGAUCCCCUGCACCAACAACCCCUUGGUCAACGUCCGAGUGGAGCGCUUCAAGCGAGACCCUAACCAAUCCCUGACUCCCACCCACGUCACCCUGUCAGCCCCCACGCAGCCCAGUAAUCACCGGAGGACUCCUUCUGAUGGGGCCCUCAAGCCAGUGGCUCUCCUAGGCAGCAGAAGCCCCUCCAGCAAUGGGUUGAGCCCCAGCCCUGGAGCAGGAGUGUUGAAAACCCCCAGCCCCAGCCGAGACCCAGGUGAAUUCCCCCGUCUCCCUGACCCCAAUGUGGUCUUUCCCCCAACCCCAAGGCGCUGGAACACACAGCAGGACUCUACCCUGGAGAGACCCAAGACCCUCGAGUUUUUGCCUCGGCCACGUCCUUCUGCCAACCGGCAACGGCUGGACCCUUGGUGGUUUGUGUCCCCCAGCCAUGCCCGUAGCGCCUCCCCAGCCAACAGCUCCAGCACGGAGACACCCAGCAACCUGGACUCCUGCUUUGCUAGCAGCAGCAGCACUCUGGAGGAGCGACCUGGACUUCCAGCCUUGCUCCCAUUCCAGGCGGGGCCGCUGCCCCCCGCCGAGCGGACGCUUCUGGACCUGGAUGCCGAGGGCCAGAGUCAGGACAGCACUGUGCCUCUGUGCAGAGCUGAACUGAACACACACAGGCCUGCCCCUUAUGAGAUCCAGCAAGAGUUCUGGUCUUAGCAUGAAAGGGUCGGGGCUGGGCAAGGGGGAAGCAGGAGGAGCUGGGGGAGCUGGCUGGCACAGCCCUAUCUCAGAGUUGGACCCCCUGAGAUCCAGCCCUACUUCUUGCACUGAUAAUGCACUUUGAAGAUGGAAGGGAUGGGAACAGGGCCACUUCAGAGAGUCUCUUGCCCUGCAGAGCCUUUCUGUCACUGUCCACCGGAGGGACUGUGGCCAUCAGCUCUGGCUGUGUAGGGGAGGGAGGGGUGCGUGCAUGUCCCCACCCUCCAGUCUUCCUCGCCUUUACGGUGACCCUGCAGAGUCACUCAGCCAAAUCUGUCUGCUGCUCCCUCUCCUCAGCCGCUGGGUAUGCCCAGAGCCUAUCCUGGGGUCCCUCUGUUAGCCCUGAAUUCAGCUUUCCCAAACACCAGGAGUGGAUGUUUUGUGAUUGAUUUUACUCCUCUGCCACAUUCUUUCCCAACACCCAUGGAUCAGAAUCUCAUUUAGUGUGAGGUAUGAGCUUUUCUGUGUCCUAAGCCCUUAUGUGCCAGCUGGAGGACUGAAGGCAGGGUGCCCCAGUGUGGGGCAGAGGAAUUGAUGGACCUGGUACUGCCUCCCUGCACUUCCAGGGGCCCGACUUAUUUAUUUAAGCCUACCAGUGGUAGGGGACCUGCCUCAGUGAGAACUGGGGGAGGGCAGGGAGCUAGGAAAAAUACAAGUCGAGUUGCAGUAAGGAGGGUAACACUGUUUAUCCUUGUUCCUUUUGGAAACACUCAAAAAGAGCAGACACCUGUUGAGGGCACCCAUCUCCUAUCUAGGGUCGGCCGUGGUCAGACCAGGUUCUAAUACAAACACAUGCUCAUCCCAGGAAGAGUUUCUUGGGAGACUCACUCACUGGUGCCAGUUCUGAAGCCAGAGACAAAGUUCCUAUGUUUGUCUCUUUUGUAGUCUGAUCUUUAUGUCUUAGUCCCUUCCCUUGAUCUUUCCUCCAAUCCCUGGAAUUAGUGGACUUCAGGUUAUGUGUUUGGUUGGGAGGUGUCUCUACACUGCACCAAAAUAGCAUGUAGGGGUGGGUCCUGGACACUGGGAGUUGGAAUUGGGGGGAUUCCUUCUCAGCAGGCCAUCCGUUCUGGGAUGCCCUUGAAGUAAAAUGGAGCCGUCGGUGGUCCCUUCCGUAAGUAGAGAUGGUGAGGUGAUGAUGUUUGUAAGGUGUUGAGUGAACCACUGAUGUACAGUAACGUGCAAGUCCCAAGCACUGGGUGCUGACCAAGGCCUCUUGUUUCUGUGCACAGAUAGCCCCCAGCGCUGGGCUCUGGACCAUGAGCUGGGUAGGAAGGACAACAGGGGCCAACCCUGCCUUUUCUGGAAUGUGUUUCCUUAACUUGAAUGUUGAGCUUCUUCUGGAGCUUUGUCAUGUGGCUCUUCACUAUUCCACUUACUCUGUGGCCUCCUGUGUCGAGUGUGCACAGUAGUCUUUGUGUGGAAAUAACCACUUGGUUGGGAGUAGAGUCCUUAGGUUGUGCUCCCCUCCCUUCCAGACUCUCUAAAUGUUGCUCCACUGUCUUUUAUCGUGGAAUAUUUCUCUGGAGAUGGUGGAGGCCAGCCUGCAGGUUCCUUGUGUUUGCUACCUGGAUGCCAGAAUGGGGAGAGCAUGAAGGUGACACAAAUAAUGAAUUUGGUCACUGCUCUCUGUAACUGUGAUAGAAGUCACAUCCUGGGGAUGACAAAAGGGGUGACCGUGGUUUUCAAAUUGUUCCUUGUUUUAUGAGCCCACUGGCACUUUGGUUCAAGGGCCCCACCUAGUCUUGGAGGAGGUGGCACUGUUUGUUUUGUUGCCCAGGGUUUUGUUAUUGCAUCUCAACUCUCUCCUCUUUGUUCUGUGAAGCCAGUAUGUAAGAGAUGAUUUUUGCCCCCAUCCCCCACUCCUCGGCUAGGAGGGGAAAAAAUGCAGAUCCUUUCAGCAGUUCCAGCCAACCAAGUGACUCCUCUUCAUUCUUGAUGGGGAGAGGGACACAGAUGGUCUGUUCUGUGCCCUUCCCCUGGACUCUCCAUAGCCCCACUAUGCCCCUAAACCCCUAAACCACUAACACACAUAUAAACCCUUGGCCCCACUAAAUGGCCCCCUGGUGGGGUGCAGCCUACAGCAUAAUGCCAACCAUGCUGGCUCUGGACAGUGCUCUGUGGUAUGAGGCAGGGAUUUUUCCUUUGCUUGUUUUCUACUUUUUGUCAUUUGGUUAGCUUGCUGCCAUCUUUCUUGGAAGUGGUAGUGUAACUGAUGUAGUGUAAACUGAGUGACAGCCACUUGUCAUUGAGUGAGAGGCUGUACCCAAUUCUUGCUCCUCCAUCCAGAGGGAAGACAAGGGAAGGCUAGGUCUCUGCAAAGGGAAGAAUUGUACCUGCAAGAGGCAGAGGCAGAGUUAUUCUGAAGAUGCUUCCGUGAGUUUCCAUGAAGAUGGAGUAGUUAUCAUCUCUCAGCGCCUCCAAAUGGGUGGGGCCCUACCUGCCACACUCUCUCUGUGGGGCAAGGCUGGGCUGGGAUAAGGAUCUGUCAAGUAACAGGUUUGAGUUGCUUUCUGUCCACUCAGCUUCCCUUGCCUCUAUGGUGAUGGUCAGCAGCAACCUUGAAGCUGGGGAUCAAGGCCCUGCAGUGGCCGUAACCAGCCUCCCCCUCUCCCUUUCGUCAGACACUUUCCCUCUGCUCUUGGCAGGUGCUCACUACAUGGAAGAUGGUGUUAGGAAACAGAUACUGUUCUCUGCCCCUUCUCCUUGGAUCCUUCGGCUCCUUCCACUGAUUCUAAACAGGAUUAUCCUCCGUUUACCGUCUUGGGGAUCCAGGCCACUGCCAGGGUGGAGUAGAC